UAAUUGCCAUGGUAACUGGGUAUAACAAAUUUCUGUUUCAAUUCAAGUUAAAGUAAAUUUUUUCUACUCAAAUUGUUAUUUUAUAAAAAUAAAAAUUACUUCUAAGUGUUUUAGUUAGUAAGAGCAAAAAAAAAAAAAAAAAAAAAAAAAAAAAUGUCACAAAAUUGGCAUGCUCAUUGGAUGGAAGAAAAUUAUAAACCAAAAAGAUUGGGAAAUUGGCAAAUUCCAAAAUGGUAUCCACAAUUUCCCGAUAGACACUGUAGAAUAACUACUUUUCAAUGUGAUAAUAAAGGACAUUUAUUGGCUCAUUUAAAAAAAACCAAUCACGAACGAGAGAAUUUCAAAACAACGUGGGAGCUUCCAAAAAAAAUAACAAAAUUUGUAGCACAAGAAUUAUCAACGCCUUCAAAAUAUCGAAUGCAAUUGUGGAAAGAACAUAAAGCAUUUAAUCGUGCAACAUGCGAAAAUGGAAAAAAGUCAGAAAAAAAUCUUACCAAUAAUAAUAAAAAUAAAAAAUCCUCAAAUUCAGAAGAAAGAAGAAGAAGAAAAUUCUAAAUCGUUUCAACUCUGUUAAAAGCAAACCCAAAAAGCAAAUGAAAAAUUAACAUUAAACGACAUCAGUUUUAAAAUAAGGAGAAAGGAAUAAAAAAAAAAAAAAAAUAAAAAUAAAAAUUCUGCUGCAUUUCAUUUAGAGAUUCUAAAUUGCGUAGCGUAAAUUUAAAUAAAGUCAAAUUUCAAUUGCAUCCAAACGUGUAAAAUAUAAAAAGAAAAAAAAAAAUAUAUUUUGGCUAUUAAAAAAAAUA